AUGCAACCCGCCCAGAUCAUAUGUAAAGCCAGUGUCAAGGGCGCGGUUGGAAUUUGGGCGAGCCUAUCUAUCUAUCUAUCUAUCUAUCUAUCUAUCUAUCCUUACCUAAGUAUCUAUCUAUUCUUACCUAAGUAUCUAUCUAUCUAUCUAUCUAUCUAUCUAUCUAUCUAUCUAUCUAUCUAUUCUUACCUAAGUAUCUAUCUAUCUAUCUAUCUAUCUAUCUAUCUAUCUAUCUAUCUAUCUAUCUAUCUAUCCGGUAGGUCAGCGCUGCUUUCUGAUCAGUCCACUUAUUCUUUACAAGCUGAAAAGGCGGACUCUGGGAGAUCUUAUUCUUUCUUGGACUCUCCCUUUUUAUUUGGAAUUCUUUCUUGGCCUCUCCCUUUUUAUUUGGAAUUCUUUCUCGGCCUCUCCCUUUUUAUUUGGCAUUCUUUCUCGGCCUCUCCCUUUUUAUUUGGAAUUCUUUCUCGGCCUCUCCCUUUUUAUUUGAGAUUCUUUCUCGGCCUCUCCCUUUUUAUUUGGUAUUCUUUCUUGGCCUCUCCCUUUUUAUUUGGAAUUCUUUCUUGGCCUCUCCCUUUUUAUUUGGUAUUCUUUCUCGGCCUCUCCCUUUUUAUUUGGAAUUCUUUCUUGGCCUCUCCCUUUUUAUUUGAGAUUCUUUCUCGGCCUCUCCCUUUUUAUUUGGUAAUCUUUCUUGGCCUCUCCCUUUUUAUUUGGAAUUCUUUCUCGGCCUCUCCCUUUUUAUUUGGUAUUCUUUCUCGGCCUCUCCCUUUUUAUUUGGUAUUCUUUCUCGGCCUCUCCCUUUUUAUUUGGAAUUCUUUCUCGGCCUCUCCCUUUUUAUUUGAAUUCUUUCUUCGACUUUUCCAUUUCUAUUUUGAAUUCUCACUUAGCCACUCAUUUCUUAUUCCGAAUUCUGUUUCGGACUUUCCAUUUUUAUUUGGAAUUUUUUGUUGGCGUGUUCCUUUUUAUUUGGAAUUCUUUUUCACGCCUUCUCCCUUUUUAUUUGCAAUUCUUUCUUGGCCUCUCCCUUUUUAUUUGCAACUCGUUUUUAGUCUUUUCCUUUUUAUUUGGAAUUCUUUCUUAGCCUCCCUUUUUUAUUUGGAAUUCUUUCUCGGCCUCCCUUUUUAUUUGGAAUUCAUUCUUAGUCUUUUCUUUUUUUAUUUCGAAUUUUCACUUAGCCACUCAUUUCUUAUUCCGAAUUCUUUCUCGGCCUAUCCCCUUUUUAUUUGGAAUUUUUUCUUGGCCUCUCCCUUUUUUUUUGAAAUUCUUUCUUGGCCUCACACUUUUUAUUUGGUAUUUUUCUUGGCCUCUCCCUUUUUAUUUGAAAUACUUUCUUGGCCUCUCCUUUUUAUUUGUAAUUCUUUCUCGCCCUUUGCCUUUUUAUUUGCAAUUCUUUCUUGGCCUCUCCCUUUUUAUUUGGAAUUAUUUCUUAGUCUCCUUUUUUAUUUCCACUCAUUUCUUAUUCCGAAUUCUGUUUCGGACUUUCUAUUUUUAUUUGGAAUUUUUUGUUGGCGUGUUCCUUUUUAUUUGGAAUUCUUUUUCACGCCUUCUCCCUUUUUAUUUGCAAUUCUUUCUUGGCCUCUCCCUUUUUAUUUGCAACUCGUUCUUAGUCUUUUCCUUUUUAUUUGGAAUUCUUUCUUAGCCUCCCCUUUUUAUUUGAAAUUCUUUCUUGGGCUCUCCCAUUUUAUUUGCAAUUCUUUCGUGGCCUCUCCCUUUUUAUUUGGAAUUCUUUCUCAGUCUUUUCCUUUUCCACUUAUUACUUAUUCGAAAUCUUUCUUGGCCUCUCCCAUUUUAUUUGAAAUUCUUUCUUGGCCUCUCCCUUUUUAUUUGAAAUUCUUUCUCGCCUUUUGCCUUUUUAUUUGCAAUUCUUUCUUGGCCUCUCCUUUUUAUUUGGAAUUCUUUUUUGCCACUUAUUACUUAUUCCGAAAUCUUUCUUGGCCUCUCCCAUUUUAUUUGAAAUUCUUUCUUGGCCUCUCCUUUUUAUUUGAAAUUCUUUCUCGCCUUUUGCCUUUUUAUUUGCAAUUCUUUCUUGGCCUCUCCCUUUUUAUUUGGAAUUCUUUUUUGGUCUCUCCUUUUUAUUUGGAAUUCUUUCUCAGUCUUUUCCUUUUGUAUUUCGAAUUCUCACUUAGCCACUUAUUACUUAUUCCGAAAUCUUUCUUGGCCUCUCCGAUUUUAUUUGAAAUACUUUCUUGGCCUCUCCCUUUUUAUUUGAAAUUCUUUCUCGCCUUUUGCCUUUUUAUUUGCAAUUCUUUCUUGGCCUCUCCCUUUUUAUUUGGAAUUCUUUCUUACCACUCAUUUCUUAUUCCGAAUUCUGUUUCGGACUUUCCAUUUUUAUUUGGAAUUUUUUGUUGGCGUGUUCCUUUUUAUUUGGAAUUCUUUUUCACGCCUUCUCCCUUUUUAUUUGCAAUUCUUUCUUGGCCUCUCCCUUUUUAUUUGCAACUCGUUCUUAGUCUUUUCCUUUUUAUUUGGAAUUCUUUCUUAGCCUCCCCUUUUUAUUUGGAAUUCUUUCUCGGCCUCCCUUUUUAUUUGGAAUUCAUUCUUAGUCUUUUCUUUUUUUAUUUCGAAUUUUCACUUAGCCACUCAUUUCUUAUUCCGAAUUCUUUCUCGGCCUAUCCCCAGGCACACAGUGAAGGAUUGAAACGGCCAAUAAUAAAAGGCACAUCCCCUCCUCUAGAUGCAUAUCUAGGGAUGUAUCAGAACCUCAUUUUAUGUAUGUAUGUAUGUAUGUAUGUAUGUAUGUAUCUAUCUAUCUAUCUAUCUAUCUAUCUAUCUGUUUUCCGCAUGUAA